CUUGCCAGAGAGUAUCUACUACUAAUAGUUGGUGUCUUUUUCGGAUGUAAGGUAAAACUAGACGUAUACAAUCGUUUUAUUAAACAUUUGGAUAGCAGUUUUUAUAUUAUAAGAAAUUUCAAAACAUCAGCAUGAAAAGGGUGUGUUUUUGACUUUUACACGCGUUUUCAAGCGAAAUAGAAUAUGUUGCCUAAUAACCCAGAUUAAAGAAGCCACAAAAUGCUGUGUGGAGCAGUGACAAUAGCAAUUGUAAUUUUCGUAACUGUUUUGUCUCCUGGAAGUGCAUAUACAAAAUCAGCAAGACACAAAUUAACAGACGAGCUUCAUUAUAAUAUAACCACGAGGGCUACAGAAAUAAUAAUUCAUUACGAAGGUAUGACACAAGUUUUAGACAAGGAACCUGGAGGUAAUGUAACAGACAAUAUGUCUGGAAAAGAAACAAAAGAUCGGACUGCCAGGACAGAUGAUUCUGACAAGCUUAAUGUUACAACUACUGAAUCGCUAUUUCACAGUGACGGAAACAGUGACCCUUAUCUCUAUGGAAACAUGUUGCAGCUUUCUGACAUGCAUCAGAACAAUAACUCAAGUCAGGAAAAUAUGACAACCUCAAAUAUCAACGAUACAUUUACAAACGAAACAUUAACUACGCAAGAGACAAAUACACAUGAAAGUGAAACUUUGUUUCCUGGAAAGGUGCAGAAUCAAAGUAAACACAGUAUUCCAUAUCACACAAGUAAUGGUGACGAUCUAGUUCGGACGUUGAUGUUAGAACGGAAGAAGAUACACUUACAGCAUCAUUUGCAAUUAGUGACAAUGGAGGACAAACCUUUGGACGCAAUGUUGAUAAAGAAUCAACGAUAUAUAAUAAGUGUCCUGAUACCUAUAGGUGUAGGUAUGAUAGGCGCAGCUAUGAUUGUGUGUACUGUGUUGACCCUGCGAAAGGUUGCUAGGAAACGAGCUGUUACCUCUCCACUAGAUGAUGGCGCCGAAGUUGAAAGACCUAUUACGCCAUGUAUUUCUAGCAUAAGUACUGAGACGACAGACAAAGUGUUUCUAUUACUUGGAGACGACGAUAUUUGAAAACUAAACUGUUUGGGUGGAUCAUAGCCUGAUGCAUAUGUGAACAGACACAAGUACAUCAUGACGACUGUAAUACUUUACAUGACGCACAGAAAUAUUUGUCAGUAAUUUAAUAGUUGGACAAAAUUGCAUAUAUUGCUUUUAAAUGCACGAUAUUGCAAUAAUGCACUAUUUAUAUUUGGUAUACAAAAGUUGUUUAAAGACGUUUAUAUUUAUACAGACUUCAUGUUACCAGCUGAGGUUAAAAGUGUUUAGCCUCGCGUUUGUAAUUCUUAUGUACACGCACAGAUUUUAUAUUUCAUAUAUAUACGCAUGGUAGAAAAAAGUGAAAGCCACAGGCCGCCUAACAUGUCAUGAAUAAAAAUGUUGUAGGCUCAGUUUGAUUAAGCCGGUUCAUGGAUGGUAGAGAGAUUGCAAUCUACCGCCCAUGCCAUGUAGCCCCGGGUUGAGCAGAACACAAGAUUUACACCUGUUAUAAGUAGCAAAAUAUAAGUUACACCCGCAUAUCUAUUCAUACGGCGGUGUACAUUGAACCUUCAAUGAUACACAAGGUGCAGUUCCGUGAAAAAGCGGCAUAUGGUUCCGAGUAAAAUUAAUUGGCUUAGGGAAUUUUAUUUACAUGGUGUUGUCUAACUUGUUGAAGAUGGGGUAAGUGCGAGGUUGGCAUGCCCUAAACGCGUUUAAACCCCCAGUUUCCUUUAUAUAGGUUACUGACCGUUCCAAGGCGGUGCCCCUGUUUUCAACUGGUUGUUUUGUCUGUCUUGUAUUGUCUGUUACGUAUAUUUUCUUGUAUGUUGUGAGUGUUUUUCCUCCUUGUCACUCCUCCUAUUGCCCCUCUUUUCCCUUGCAUUUUCGCUUCUUUUUGCAUCCCCUCCCCCUUUACUUUGAGUAAGCUUUCGUGGCUCCACUUUGUUUUGGCAGCCGGAAUCCUAAGACGGUACACGAUUGUUUUUUCUUCUUGUGUGGGUGCGUUUGUAUGCUUCUGAGUCUAUAACGGUGCCCUACUGUUUUCUUAUGUGUUGCUUGUACGUUUUUCUAUGUUAUUCAAUUAGUCGUAGUUGUAUAUUUGUCUUUGGUACACGAGUGUCUGCGCUAUUGUGGUUUACGUUGUAGUGUGACUGUUAUUAAGGAUUGUGACAUUCCCUUUGUAUAUUCGGCCUUGUUCAACUUCCCCUUCGGGUUCCUCAACCCCGCACCCCACCCCUCCCCACCCCCCGCCGCCGGGCCCAAUUUUGCCCCUUACCAUUUCCUUCUCCUCCAUCUGUAUUUAGCAUAAAUAGAUAUGUACUUGUUGGAUGUUUGAAGCAACCCGUCUGAAAUAUUUUUCCAUUACAGCUUCUUUUUGGUGUGGGCCUACUAUGCAAAUGCGUGGCUCUGUGGCUAUGUUUUAAUGCUCUGUGCUUCCGACAAUUCUACCCUUACCCAUUAUCUUUUGGUAUCAGUAGAAUUUAUAUUUCUAUGUAUACGCACGAUUUCGAGGCAUCCAGUUGGUUGUUAUUAGUAGAAAUAAACUUUGUUAUCAGUAAAAGAAAAUUUCCAACAGUCACAAGACUGCCAUAAAUUUCUUUUUUAUAAGUGGAAUUAAGCGCCAUGCAUUUCUUUGUUAUCAGUAGGGUAGAUAUUUUGUAUCUACAGACUGCCAACAAUUUCUCUGUUAUUAGUAUACUGUAGGAUAAAUACUUCGUAAUAUACGCAAGACUGUCAUGCAUUGUGUUGUUGUUGUUGUUGUAAGUAGGAUAUAUAAUUGCUAUUUAUACCCAUGACAUAUAUUUCAUUGUUUUAGUAGAAAUUAGGUGCAAUUUAAUACCCGAAAAUGACAGAAUAUUCGACGAUCGAAAUUUUAAAUAUCUUUUGAAUUCCUCUCCGUUAGCCAAUUCGAAACUGAGAUAAAUCUUUUUUGGUUUUCUGUACUAAAAUUGUUCAUUCAAUAAAUGAUACAUUAUUGUAAAAUGCGCUGAUGGAAUGGCUUAAUGGUCAACAGUUAAAACUAUUUGCCAAGAUCCUUAGGUAACAUUCAUUUGUAACUGAUUUAAAGCCGUAGAAUGUAUUGUAUUACUAAAUGUAUUUAUUUUUGAAAAUUAGCAUCUAAUCCGCAGUUUUACAUGUUUCUAUAUUUAUUAUACCUUAAAACAUUUUACACUCAUUUUUCUAAUGAUCUGUUUUCUCGAUAUGUGACUGAGCAUGAUUUAUAAACGGUCAGGACUGGAAAUUGUUUGGAUUAUACAAGGAGGAAAGGGUUUGUAGAAUAUCAUUAAAAUUUUGUACAGUUAUACUUAUUUUACAUAACUUAUAAAGUCUUAUUUUGAAAUGUUAUGGUUAUUAUAAUUAUAAUGACUUAAUACAUGUUCAAUAAAUACCAUGUUUUUAUUUAUACCAGCGUGCUGUUUUCAAAUAUGUUUAUAAGAUUGAAAUACUACUCUUGGGAAUUUGUAGGAAAUUGACAAUUCAUUGUAAAAGAUGAGAUAGGUUUUAAUAAAAAACCUUUGGGUUCCGUGUUACCAUUUAAACUAGGAAAGCAGAAGUUACGAUUAUUAAGAAAAAAGUUGUUAAAGGCCUAGAUUUUGGCAGUGGGCCAAGGGAUUCCUGUCCUUAUCAGUACAGUUGGGGGCUAAUGACUAUCACAGUAUGGUUCCAAUAAACAAGGGUCAUUGUUUAUUGGACAGUCAGUCUACCUUACAAGUGUAUCUGUUAGUGAGAAGGGGAAACUGUGUAUUUUCUUUAAUAAAUAUGUGAUCACUUUGAAAGUUAUACCUAACUUGUGGCAUUUUUUGUAAACGAAAUAAUAACAACAUAAUAAGAAUAUCAUUUUAGGAAAAUAACAAGAUUUUUAUUUUUCAAGUUCUGUUUGGAGAUUUGUGAUAUUUUAGAAAAAUAUGACUUUCUCUCAUCUAAAAGUUUUGUUUUAAUGCUUGCAGAAUAUUGUAAAUAACAUUUGUCUAAGAUUGAAAACGGAAUGUGC